AAACUUGCCAAGUAGACUGACGUUCUAUUCUUUUCAGCCCGGAGACCCCACGAGGGUAAUGCCGCUUGAAUCCAAUGGGCAACUAUUGUAGUUAUAGUAAACGCGCUAUAGCAAGCUGCGGAAACCAUUGUUGAGAUGUCACAGAGUAUAAACGUGUACAAACAUACUGAGGGAUUUACAUCCCCCUGCACAGAUCACGUGCAUUUCUCCGAACUACGCAUGUUCUAUUUCACUCUGCUAAGUUUCACCAAGUUGAGAAGUGGGCUUUGUGUCGACAGAAAAACUCCAAGAGAAUAAUGGCCGAAAACAAGCAGAAUCGAGAUGAUGUUCUCACAUGUUCGAUAUGUAUGGAAACAUUCCGGGAACCAGUAAUGCUACCCUGUCAGCACAGUUUUUGUAGGGAAUGCAUUGGUCUGUAUACUGACAAGUCCAAACCUGUACAGACAGACGAGACCUCCGGCAGCACGGGGCUGAUCUCAUGCCCUGUGUGUCGGGCACCGACCAGUCUGGGGAGAGAAGGUGUGGCUGGUCUGCCUCGCAACUUUCAUCUGGCGGAGAUAGUGGAGAGGUUCUCUUCUGCUGUAAAUGUUGAGGAUGACAUCCCAUAUUGUUCUAUGGGUGGGGACAAUCAUGCUAAAGCUGUCAAGUUUUGUACCAAGUGCGAUGUGUUGUACUGUCAGGAAUGUCUUACAAAUUACCAUCCGAUGGGUGGGCCUCUAAAGCGGCAUCGACUGAUUUCCUCCCAGGAGUACCACGCCCGGGAAACCUCACAGGGUCAAGUCAGCAGAGACCUCCAAUCAACUCAGCAGCCGUCCUGUGCUAGGCACGGUCAGCCAUUCGGCUUGUACUGUGUACCGUGUCGGAUGGUGGUCUGUAUGGAGUGUGUGGUUGACCACCCGGAACAUGCUAUGCGGGAUAUACCAUCUGCAGUUGCGAAUGACAAGCUAGCUAUUUUCGAGAAGACUACUAAACUGGAGAAAGUCUUACAAGAAUCUAAAGAAUCACUGUCAGGAGUUAUGAGGCUGCACAAUAAGAUACAGGAAAACCAGGAACUUCACACUCAGGAGGUAGAAAAGGCUUAUUGUGCAGCCUUCGAAUCUUUACAAGCCUGGAGACAGCAAACCAUAGAUGGCAUAAAAACCCGCUAUUCACAGUGGAGUGUGGAGUGUAGUGCUAUACUCAAACAUUUCCAGCUACAGGCCCAGGAAAUUGAGAGGAUGGUACAAGAUUCCAAAGAUUUAUUAGCGUCAAUGGACGUCGAGUUUUUAAAGGGUUCCAAGGCCUUCACCAAAACAAUCGAUGACCAGCUGAAUGAGAUAAGAGCGGAUCUGGAGAAACAUGAAGUCAACCAACAGAAACUUCUAGAUUUUGUACAACGUGACAUUGUCUUCCCUAGACACGUGACAGUCAAAGAAACAUUGCAAGGGAGUCAGGACUUAGAAGCAGCAGUCGGUGGACAAAUGUCACGACUACGUGUCACAAAGCCGACGCUGAGAUUCACAGAGACAGGCGACAGGAAGCUGAGAAUCACUGACAGCGGCUGUGUGGUAAAGGGUAAGGGCUUGUCCGGGAAUGACAGGUGGAGGAGAGCUGUGACAGACGGGCGUUACCAGACGGACAGGUACUACUGGGAGAUACACAUCACCUGUUCACAUGGCUGUGACUGUUAUGUAGGAGUGACACAGGAGAGCUGUGGCGUGAGUGAGGAGACAGUCGCUGGCCGUAACUCCUGGUACAUUGGGAUGUGGUCAAUUGUUAUAGUCACAGUGGUGGUGGUGAGGUCAAACCUGGCUAUCUACAGUGCAGACGUUACACACGCCCUCAUCACCUGGGUGUGUACCUGGACUGUGAUAACCACACACUGACAGUCCUGGACUGUGACAACAACCAGGUAAUGUACACUGUCAGUGAUGUUAUCGUCACAGAGCCUCUCGUGCCAUCGGUUGAGUUUGUCGGGUCUGGAUCUGUGUCUGCUCGUCUGGUAACGGGUCACUCUGCAACUCUGCCUCCAGUUCUCUGUGAUAUGAUAAGCACUUCCUGACCAUCGGGUAAUUAUUCAGUACAUCUUUUCCACAGUAUUACAUUUUGUUGAAAUAGACUCUUUUUUUAAAAAAUAUAUGACCAUUUUGUAGGUGUUUUAGUUAAUGUGAGCAGUGUGGCUAAUUCAGUAUGUAUAGCUUCUUCUGCAAAGUGGUCAGUGAUCUGUCACAAGCUUACAGCUUGGUGUAGUUAUACACAGUCUGUCUGACUUGUCCUGAACAUCAAUGUCAGUUUUCUUCCAGACAAAAUACAUGGUAGAUUAUGACUGGGUAGUUUUAUUUUUAGUAAUGGAGACUUGUAAAUCAACAUAAUCAAGAGUGUGACUGAGCAAAACAGGUCACAGUUUAUACAUGACAAUACAUGAUAUAGUCAACAUGGUACAUGGAGUAACUCUUGUUGUGUUAUGUAACUUUAGUUCCUAAGAAAAAAACUAAAUGGGAGAAGUAUCUUUAUAUAAAAUAUUUUAGGUUAGGCCAGAGCAUUGAUUUUCCAUAAUAACUAUGUAGUAAAUCUCCUAAAUUUUUCAACGUGAAAAAUAUAUAUACCCUAACUUUCGCCAGGUACUUUGUCAUACCGCCACAUGCAGCUUGCACUUUUGUCUACAACAGUCUAACCUACGAUUUUUUUUUUCGCUGCAGUGAUUGAAACUGAAGUCAAAACAUUUUCUUACCUUGGUAGCCUCUAGAGAGGUGAGUAAUACCAAUGAGGAAAAAGUUUUCAGUUCUAUCCAAAACAAAUAAAAUUCUGAUGUAUUUUGUUUAGACAUGUUAGCUGCAAAAUAGACUUAAAUACAACUCAAAUGCCUCUGUGUCAGUUUUCUCCAGUCAGUCCCACUUCAGUUUGGAGUCAAAUCUUCGACACAAUUUCCUGAAUUGCGCAUGUUUAACCUAUAAACAGGACAAAGUUUUAAGAUUUCUUGUUAGUGAUAUCUUUAUAUGAAUUUGGCACUAAAACCAAUAUCUCACAUGGCUAAUGGCAAAAGUCAAAUUUCAGGGCUGUGGGUAGUGGUCCACCUGGGUUGAUACUCUAAUGUAAGUGUUUGGGAUAGGAUGUUUUGUGGGGAAUUGGGUUUAAAUUUCUGUUCCAUAAAGAAAAUCUGCAGAAAUGAACAUUUACCCUGUAUUUCCUUAAAAUGCAACACUUACUGUCUUUAGAUGCUAAAAUUUUACCACUUUUUCUUGGCUGUGCAGAAGUUCUGUAAAAAUUGCUAAGCCUAUCCCCACUUGUACCUGUAAAAAUAAGUUAAAAAACUAAACAAAUUUUUAUAAUUAUUGUUGGACGAACAGCACAUUUAACCAGAUUUCAUCAAUAAUAAGAAGCAUAUCAACUUUCAGACCUAUUUUGAAACACAACAUUAGCAUAUUUAAUGUUGUAAAGUCACUUUGCAUACAACAAAAUUGUAAUACAUAAUUGUGCAUUGCUAUACUAAGUGUCAUACAUGUAUGUAGGUGUUUCAGAAUAUGUGAUAAAAAUAAUUUGCUACAUCUAAAUAUAUUCAUGCUGAAUUAGUUCUGGUCAAAUAAAUGCAAUCUUACACUCACCUGUGUAAGUGAAAUUUGGAAAUACAAGCCUCAUAACUGUGAGGGAGAAAUUUUGCUUAAAUAGCAGGAAGGGGGUUGGGGUGUGAGGUACAUACGUGUAAACCGGUUUGGGGUUGUAAGGGAUGGGCAUAACCCAUGGUAAAUACCCAAAAUGUAGUCCAGUUAAGUUAAGACACUCACAACUUGACCUUAUCACAAUAAAGAUGAUCAGGCAAAACUGGGUUUUUUGAUUUUUUUUCUUUGAUUUUCCUUUACUAUUUAUUCAGUAAAUUUGUCAAAUUCAACCUCAAAAAUUAAAAUCUCCUACUAAACUUUCAUUUGGUACCAUGCCAUACCUGUAUAUGCAGUUUGCACUUUUCUCUACAACAUAUGAAAAAUCAACCUACAGCCAAUUGUUUGAGAUGUGGUUGCUGGAAGUGAAGUCAUAACAUGUUGUUACCUCGGUAACCUCCAUGGGGUAGGUACUAAUACUAGGCAGAAGGUUUUUAGUUCUAUGCAAAACAAAUAAAACUCUGACAUACUUUAACUGGGUCCAGAAUAGCAGGGCAGACACUAAGCUAAUGGCUGUAUAAAUUAUAGACAAAGUUAAGUUGUAAGAUUGUAAGUGCAUGUAGUUCUUUGCUUACAGUAUCUGUAAUUUGCAGCUGAUUUACAACAACAACGGUGAUUUACAUUUACAUGAGGUUCUUGAACAAAAUUUAAUGCUACUCUUUUUCCAUGCACUGUAGAUGUUUGUAUGUGCUCACACUUUACAAAUUUAGCGCCAGGAAGUAUCAGUCAUAUACAUGUAUCCCUGCCCUUCGGUUGGUGUAUAUAUGCAUUCUGAAUGCCAAGUGUGUACUGGGUGAGACAAAGGCUUAUAUUUAUUUCGUAAACAUUUUUGUGGGACAAAACAUUUGUUAUUUUGUAGUCAUCAUUUUGUUUGAAGUUAAAUGGCUGAAUCUGAUCUCUUAUUUUAAAACUUUAAAAAAGUGGCUGAGGUGCUACAUCGUUUCCUCUAAACGAGAUUUCCAUGUAAUUGCUGUGAUGUUAAAUAAUAUGCAUUACUGGACAUUGUAUUCACUGACCAGGUAGAUCCCUAUCCUGUACGUAUUACACCAUAUCUGGUGAUUAUAUAUGGUGACAUUGUGAUAAUUUCACCCUGUGGAAAUCAUAUGUUUUGGCUGUAUUAUAUGGUUGUCUUAAUACACGUGUGUACCUUGAUUAUAUGUAUGGUGUGUGUCAGUUGUUCAUGGAUUUUGUUCGGAAUAUAGAUAGCGUUUGGCUUGGAUGUGCUUAGUCCAGUGAACUCAUAGGUGUAUAGCUGUUGCACCGUUUCUCUUUGAUUUUCUUUUUCAAAUUUGAUGUAAACAAUCCUGUCCACAAUUUUUCUUUCAAAAACCUGAUCAGUUUUAGUUGUACAUCUGCUGAGCGCUAAUUCUCUUUUAUUGUAUACAUGUAUAAAUAACAACAACAUGGGUUGUCUCUUUCUUAUGUUAAAUUAAAAUCACCCAGAUGUGUAGGCCUACAUGUGCUUAAAGUAAAUUGACAUGUAUAACAUACACCCUGACAUUAUCUGUAUGUAAGAGACUCACAGCCAGCUUGUAAUGCCACUUAUCACUAUGUGUGUUCUACAGAAUGGGUAGAUAGUUACAUUUUAAGUUUAACCUCAAAGACCACGAUUCGUCUCCAACUUGAUGUGUAGCUCAUGUAUCCAACCGCUUAAUAUGUUGCCAGGUGUGACUUUGUCAGAUUGUUUUUGCUUCAAAAUCUCCAUACAUGUAUGUUUAAACACACAACAAAGUGUCCAUCUAAAAUCAGCUGGAAAAUCAUCUUUGAUUUCCAAAUGUGAAAGUCUGACUUUGAGUAAUUCUAGACCAGUGACGUCUAAUGAAUUGCAGUUAACAUCAUUGGAUUUUUUUUCACGUAAAUUGCUAAGGCCAUGGUGCUAGGGGAUGUGUAAAUUGCUACUGUUUAUGCAUUUACAUGAAGAGUUAGAAUAAAACCCCGAAGGAGGUGAAUUGACCAGAGGCCGUAUUUCGCCAGUUACCUGUGACCAUUUGCCAGCCAUCACACGGUUGUCGCUGCUCUGCUUUUCAGUCUCUGUGCUGUCCGUCUUUUAAUUAUAUUGUACCUGAUGUACUAUAAGAAGCGCCGUCAUCACUAGUACUGUAGCUUUGACAACCUGUUGGCAAGAUUAUGAGGUCAUCUAUUAGCGCAUUGUGCCAUUUCAACUGCGUGCUGUUAUUUUGAUGUCAGUUGUAUUUAUAUUCAUCUAUAUGUAUGAUUUAGUGAUAUUUUGACAUUGUCUGUCCUUUGUGUUUCAAAUACUGAGAAAUAUUGGAAAUAAAAAUGAAUGA